CCACUGGGAGUUGCGACAGUCGACCUGAAUCUGCAUGGAGUGCACCUGGAGCUGACCGACUGUCUGGUGUUGUCUGACGCGGAGUCGCCCACAGAUGUCAUUGUUGGCCGUGACACGCUGGAGCGGCUGGGCUUGUGUGUGGACGUCGCCCGAAGAUCGGUUUCUGGACGCAAUUCUGAUGGUUCCCAUUGGACGGUUUACAUGCCAUUGAACCUCCAGCAGCCUGAGUGUAUGAUUUUUGUUGCUGACAUUCCUUGCCGAGCAGCAGAAGAUGUUGAUAUCGCCCCAGGGUGCUCAGUUGCUGUGCCCUACACCGUUCCCGAGCAGCCGCGCUGUUCAGAGUGUACGAUCAGCCAGCGUCAUCUUCUGUUUGAAGCACAGCCUGGUCUUGAUGUCAGUCUUGUUCCUGGACUGGCGUGUGACAGUCAGCCCCGAGUUCUCGCCUGCAACCGUGGUCGGAUGGCUGUCCGUAUUCGCCGUGGUGAGGUUGUGGGUUACCUUGCUACUGCUGCAGACGCCAGCAAGGACUUGGAGCAGCCAUGUGACGUGUUCUCAGUGAGUGAAGAGGAGAGCUGUGACGUGACGCUGUCAUCAACAGAGGUUCCGGGACUGACGGUGUCGCAGCGCGCUGCUGUAGACGAUCUAUUUCAGCGUCACGCAGCAGUAUUCAGCAGUUCUGCUUCUGAUCCACUGCGCACGUCCCUGACUGCACACAGGAUCGUCUUGAAGGACGACACGCCGGUUUACGUACCGCCCAGGAGGAUGUCGCCGCCAGCAGCAGAGGAAAUCGAGCGCCAGUGCCUGGAUCUGGAGCGUCUGGGCAUCAUAGAGAGAUGCGACUCUGCGUGGUCGGCGCCCGUUGUGCCAGUACGGAAGAAGGACGGAUCUCUACGGCUAUGUAUUGACUACCGUCGACUCAACAAGCAGACGGUGGCCACCCGCUUCCCGAUGGCCGACGUCACGGACUCAGUGUACAGCGCCCACGGCAUGAAGUUCUUCACCACGCUGGACCUGGCCAAGGGCUACUACCAAGUGCCCUUGGAGGAGUCAUCAAAGGACUACACCGCCUUCUCGACAGCACGGCAGCACUGGAGGUUCCGCAGGUUACCGUUCGGCUUGAAGAAUGCUCCAGCAGCAUUCCAGCGAGAGAUGCAGACGGUGCUGCAGGGGUUCUCCAGGCGAAACCUCGUCAUCUACUUGGACGACCUGCUCCUGAUGGAGAAGAACUUUGAGAAGCAUCUUCAGCUCGUGGACGACGUGCUCCUGGCACUCGAGUCGCAGGGCAUCAAGCUGAAUGCCAAGAAGUGUGUCUGGUUCCAGCCAGAAGUACCCUUCCUCGGCCACGUCAUCAGUGAGCGAGGUCUGCGUAGAUCACCAGAAUACAUCAAGAAGGUGCGCAGUCUGCCACGCCCUCAGACCGUGAAGCAGCUCCGACAGUUCCUGGGGGUGAUCAACUUCCAGAGGAAGUUCGUGCGCCACUGUUCCAGCAUCAGCAAGCCCCUGACGGACCUGACAGGCCAGCCAGGCCCCACAGUCAUUACGUGGACGGACCAGAUGACUGACGCCUUCGAGAAACUGAAGCAGGUAAUGGAGGAGGAAGUCACGCUGGCCUUCCCCGACUACACAGAGGACGCGCAGCCUCUCACUCUUUGGACAGACGCGUCUCAGGUUGGGGCGGGGGCCUGUCUGACUCAGGAACAAGACGGAGAAACUCGUCACAUCGGGUUUGCCUCAAUGACCUUCUCUCGCUCACAGCAGAAUUACUCAGUCACCGAACUGGAACUCGCAGCUCUCCGUUGGGGUGUCGUCAAGGCCUUCAAGCCAUUCCUCGGUGGCGUGUCAUUUAGAGUCUGCACGGAUCACCAGGCACUGGUGUACAUGCACAGCAUGCAUCUUGUCAACAGUCGGAUCGCCAGGACGAUGGAGGAGCUCUCGGAGUUCGACUUCACGAUCUGCUAUGUGCCAGGGUCAUCCAACAUCGCCGCAGAUAUGUUCUCUCGUGCUCACCCACUGCCGACGGAGCUCCCGGCUGUCUGUCGCCAGUUGCCAGUUGGUCUGGAUCUGUACUACAGAGCUGAGGGAGGAGGUGAUGCACUGAUCGACUGCCUGUGCCACUGGAUGGAGGAGAAUGACCGCCGGCCUGCACAGAACCACCUGCUCCGAGAACUGCUGGUGGGCGAAGUGAUGAAAGCACCGGGCAGGUUCAAGAUGAAGUUGGAUCGACGCGCACGACAAACACUCAAAAGCAUGAAGGUCCCAGGUCAGCCGUUGUCUGUUGAGAUGGUGGCGGUGUUCGCUACUCUGAUGAGGGUACGGGUCAUCGUCCACUUCGGUGGCCAUCAUCCCAUGAUCUUCACCGGUCCAGACGGGGAGGAAGUGGCUGGUCAAGCUCUUCAUCUCCAGUGUCUGGGAGGAGUCCACUUCAACUUGCUGAAGGAGAACAAGAACUUCCAGACACAGAACACCGUCCUCGUGGCUCACAUCCAAGAACAGGUGAGAUCACAAAUGAUGUGUAGAGUCAAACUGCCAGAACGUGUCACAAUGUGUGCGACUGAAGAGGGUGGUUCGCCUGAGGACGGUCUGCUUGUACACCCUCUCUGUGAUCAUCAGUCCAGCGCUUCAUGCGCUGCGACCGUAUACGUGAAUGACAGACCAGUCUGUGCCCUUCUCGACAGCGGAGCAGCUGUGUCCAUGGUCAGCCGCGCAGCGUUGGAGCUGAUCGGCACCAGGGAGGCGGAUGUGAUUCCCAGCGCUGUAUCAGUUCGAGGCAUCGGAGGACUCACCAACUGCACCGGCUAUCUCGAAGCAGACGUGGCCUUACCUGGGGACGGGGACCCACAAACGGAAUGCAGUGACGCUGAAGACGUUCUUCUGCCUGACAGCCGAGAGCGAAUCCCAGACAUCGCCUCUGUCCGAGAACACCAACACCAGGAUCGUCUUCUUCAUGAGCUCACUAGCCAUGUUCGGCAGAAGCUGACAGAACAAGAAUUGCCCAGAGAACUGGAACAUUUCGAUCACUUCUCCAAGUGGGCGGUGGCGGUACCAGUAAGGAGGAAGACGUCUGCUGCGGUUGCAGUCGCCCUGGAACAGCGAGUCCUGCCAGUUCUUCUGCGCAGGCCUGCGCGACUUCUGACGGACAAUGGUGGCGAGUUCGUGGGUCCGGAGCUUCAAGAGGUGCUGAGGAGGUGGGGGAUCCAGCAGACAUUCUCUACACCCUACAGACCGCAGGGCAACGGAGCUGUCGAGCGGCUGAACCGCACCCUGAGUCAGGAGCUUCGCAUGUUGUCUGCCGACAAGCCUGGAGACUGGGACCUACAUCUUCCGAAGGCCAUGGCGACCUACAACGGGACCAGCCACUCUCAGCUUGGUGACUCUCCAGCAGAUUUUCUGCUGAAGCAGAAGCACGGUGGCGUCAGCGUUCCGCUGGUAUCGGUGGAGCGACAGAGCUGCUGGCGGCCUGGAAACCCGAGCUUCGCGCCAUUCGAAGUGGGCCAGCUGGUUAAGCGGGAAACGCAGCGACCUGGUAACCUGCUGACUGGCAAGUUCGAGCAGCGAUUCGACGGUCCCUUCAAGGUGAAGUCUCGGAACAGCAAUGACGUCACCUACACUCUGGAGAGGGACACCGGAGCCGAGCUGAGGGCGCAUCACACGCAGCUUCGCCCGUGGAUAACUGCACCGUCCUACCUGCGCCGGCUCGAGGAGGUGCGAGAAGAUGGAGAGGGCAGAGGCUGCAGCAUGCACCCUCCUCUACCGGCCGGUGGGGUGCUGACUUCUGUUGGCUCAGCGGGCGAGCGGCGUCUUCCAGGCAUCUUGAAGAACACUCGUCGGGCCCAGGAUCGGUCCCAGCAAACGACGCCUCCUCGUGUGAGCAGCAGUGCCCAACAGACGACGCCUCCUCCUCGUGUGAGCAGCAGUGCCCAACAGACGACGCCUCCUCCCAAGAACGACGGCGCUCAGCUGGCUGUCUCCCGCCCACCGGCUAGCGCUCCUCAACAGAGGACUCGCGCGACCUCAGCGGCUAAGCGGACUGUGAGGUUUGAUGACGUGGGCCGGGAGAUACCCAGGCGGUCGGGCCGUGUCAGAGAAGCGCCAGAUAGGUGGGGCUAUAGUUAGAAUGUCGUGUGUGAUUCUUCUUGUUUUUGUUUUGUUGUUUUUCUUGUGCUGCCGGCAGUAGCCGACCCAGCUGAUCCAGCUGCUGCUGCCUCCCUCUGACGUGCUCUUCGACUGGUUGUCGAGCACGCGCCUGUUGGUUUCUCCGCGUGCGCGGUGGACGUGACGCGUCACCCCACCGUAUAAUCGAUGAAGCAGACGACCGCCUUCAUCGUCACGGUGGCCGAGCUCGUCCUCAAGUUGUGUUGUGUUUUGGUAUAUGGCAUAGGCGUUUUGUAUCAGCGUGAGCGUAAUGACGUGUUGGAAGAGGUUAUGUGAAUUGGCGCUGUUAUGCUGUUAUAACGGUGAUUCUUGUGUUUUGGUCAUAGCGGUGAUCCUUGUGUUUUGAUGUGGGCGAGAUGCUAAAGGGGGGAGAUGUGGACGUGUGGUAUUGGAAUUUGCAUCUCGCUUGUGUGCUCGGGUGGCCGGCCGCGAGCUGGCGGCGCCUCGGCUCGCCGGGCGGCCGGCCUGCCCUGGGGCGGUGCGGGCCGCUCGGCGGGUCGGGCGGCGGGCGGCGCGGGGAGUCGGUUGCGGGGCUCGGUGGAAGGUGGACGGUGAAUACAGGCGUGGAACGGCUACAUGUUUUGACGGUGAAU